UCUCGCUUCCAUCUUGCUCUCCGCGUGUGUUCGCUGCUAGCGUGCAGGUCAGUGAGGAGCCCUAAAAUACUAUCUUUCCUGCACAGGCACUUCCAGCUCCGAGACACGAGGUAAUUUAGAGCCUUGUUCUCAAAACCUGGGGAAAAACGGACUCUUACCGAACCAGCAAAUAUAAGUAAACUGGUGCGGAGUUGAGACGAGGGGUGAACUGGAUUGACAGGCCCAAAGCUUUUGGAGCACACCGUAUUGUCGGCGAACGCAUACCAAAGAGUUUAUGAAAGAAACGAUAAUGAAUCAGGAGAAACUCGCCAAACUGCAGGCACAAGUCCGCAUCGGCGGAAAGGGAACAGCCCGCAGAAAGAAGAAGGUUGUCCACAGAACAGCCACUGCUGAUGACAAGAAACUCCAGUUCUCUCUCAAGAAAUUGGGAGUUAACAACAUCUCUGGCAUUGAGGAGGUGAACAUGUUCACAAGUCAGGGGACAGUAAUCCACUUCAACAACCCCAAAGUGCAGGCCUCCCUGGCAGCCAACACCUUCACCAUCACCGGCCACGCUGAGACCAAGCAGCUGACAGAGAUGCUGCCCAGCAUCCUCAACCAGCUUGGAGCCGACAGCCUAACCAGCCUGAGGAAACUCGCCGAGAACCUGCCCAAACAAGCUGGGGAUGGUAAGGCACCAAUCGCUGGAGGAGAGGAAGAUGAUGACGACGUUCCAGAUCUUGUGGAGAAUUUCGACGAGGCGUCGAAGGACGAGGCUAACUAGAGGGGGAGUAGACGGACACGCCACACAGAACCUCUGCUCUCGACUAGCUGAAAUGGGACGAUGUUAUUGUUCUUUUUUUCUUUUUUUUUUAUUCCCCCCCCCUCCCAAAAAAAAAAAGCUUACCCACUCCACCCCAUCCUUCCUGAAAAUCCGCUUGGUAUUCUCGUGCACUGCUGUCCUCGCUGGCCUGUCCGAUGGGUGGAGGUGUGUGUGCGUGCGCGUGUGCACGCUCUAGUCCCAUGUCGGAGCUGGAGUGUGUGUUGUGGCGAAAUGUGGAGAGUUGGGAGCCGAUUGUGGCUGUUGUCUCCCGUGUUACUGAGGCCCACUCCUUCGCAGCCAUUGCUGAAAUAAAACAUGCAUACCUGGAAUAAAUGUUUGCUAUCAAAACACCUCUUAAA